AUGUUUAGGCUCAACUUUUGUCACAUCACACCACUGCAAUGUGCAACUGUGGUCUCAGUGCUUCGAUCUGAGUUCUCCCGUCUGACAGUCCUAGAUCUGGGCCACAACAACCUUGGCGAUGCAGGAGUGAAACACCUCUGUGAUUGUUUGGGGCACCCCAACUGUAAGGUCAAAUCUCUGAACCUCAGCCACAACAAUGUGGGAAAUCAAGGUGUCGAGGAACUCUGCCGAGUUCUGACACGUCCCAAGUUAAAACUUCUGAUUUUGGACCUCAGCUGCAAUGACUUUGGGGACUCUGGGUUGGAGUUGCUUGCUUAUGCUCUCCAUGAAGGCUUUUCACUGCAGGUUCUAAGGCUAUCUGGCUGUUCAAUCACAUUGCAUGGUGUUGUGAAAUCUGUUCUUGACAUAGCUUUGAGGUCAGAUCCCUUCCAAAUGAAAGAGCUAGAUCUGAGCUACAAUCCCAUCAGAGAGACUGAUGUGGAUUUCCCACAAGAGCUGAAUCUGAUCAUGGACCACAGAGCAGAGAGCAGGAAUGAACAAGGCCUCUAUAAAUAUGCAUGUGAACUCACUCUAGACCCCAACACAGUAAACAGUCUCCUACUUCUGUCUGAGGAGAACAGGAAAGUUACUCGCCAGAGGACCAAGCAGCAGUAUCCCAACACUGAAGAGAGGUUUGAUACAUGCAACCAAGUGCUAUGUAAAGAGAGCCUCUGCCAGCGACAUUACCUGGAGGUAGAGUGUCUACACGAUGUUAAAGUAGGCGUGGCCUACAAGCGAAUAAAAAGGAAAGGGGUCAGUGAUUGUGUUAGACUAGGACACAAUGCAGAUUCUUGGGCUUUGUAUACUUCGGAAGGUAAGAGCCAUGCAAAGCACAGCAAUAUUUUGUACAGCUUACACAUCCCUGAAAUCAAAGCAGGUGCGCCUUAUAGAUUAGGAGUGUUUCUGGAUUGGCCAGCCGGAAUUUUGUCUUUUUAUAUGGUCAACAAUGGGAAACCGGUCCCUCUGUAUGCAUACUACUCCACAUUCACUGAGCCCCUUUAUUUUGCAAUUGGACUAAAUUCUCCGACUGCAACCAUUUCUCUGUAAACCUGUAGUUUCUUUCCUUAAAGAAAGUUGUUGUGGUGUGAUAAAAUGUACAAUCUUGUAUUAAACUGGAAAUCCCCUGGCUUAAAUUCAAAGGUGUGUGACAAUUGUUAGUCAACCACCAAAAGUAAAAGCUUCCUUGGUGGUUAGUUGGAUAAUACAUUAUUAGAUGUUCAUAUUUUACACAUAACAAUGUAUGCACUCACUACCUUUAAGUCACUCUGGAUGAGAGUCUUAUGACUUAAAGGGGCACUGUGUAGAAUCUUACCGCUAACAGGGUUAUAAACACUGAAUUGUUUGAAUUCAGUGUUUACAACAAUGAAUUCAAACAAUUACAAAUGGCCCCUUUAAAUGUAGUCUGACCUUUAGGAUUUGUUGCAUGACAGUAAGUUGACCAGAUCACCGACUAGGCCUACCUUUUAGAGACCUGCAGUGGGUGAAGAAAGUCUGCAGGAAUUUUCUGUUUUAAUACUGUUCUGUGUUACACAUGAGUGAAAAAGGACAGUGAGUUUGUGAACCUUGAUAGUAGAACAGUCUGCGUACUGAAUCUCUCUGUGAAACCAUUCCUUAUGUAAUUUGUGGGUAAGGUGUGAGUCUGUUAGGAACCUGGCCGUAUGCUACACUGCUUCGAUUGGCAAUGUCAAUGCCCGAGCAAAAGUUUCAACUGGUCUACACCAACCUUUUAGUUGUCACCUUUUAUCUUCAUUUAUGUGCAACAAAGGACAGCCUUCCUCUCUGCAGGGGGAGACAAAGGUUUGACCUUGUAUGAAUGGGGUCAUAAAGGCUUGAACCUCCUUCAAAGUUACCAUUGGCUUCUUGGUAGCUUUUCUGAACAGUCUCCUCCUUGCCCGGUCAGCCAGUAUGGAGGGACGGCCUGAUCUAUGGUGGGUGGUUUCUGGGAGGUGCCAUACUUGGUGGGUGCCAUACUUAUUAUUAUUAUUAUUAUCAUUAAUAAUAAUAAUUAUUAUUAUUAUCCCCUGACCUGUGCCUCUCCACAACUUUAGUUCAGAUCUUUUGAAAGUACCUUUCUGCCCAUAGUGGAUUCUUUGCUUUGAAUUGCACUACUAAGCACUGGAGAUAUUGUGGGUUACUGUGUGUAAAUAAAGCUGGAAAAAGUUUGAUUUUGUGUUUUCAUAUCAGGCUGUAAGCUGUGAAGGUAAACAACAACAUUGUAAAGGGGUGGUGACUUUCUGUACCCACUGCAUUAA